ACUUCACGCGUUCGUUCUUCUUCUUCUUCUUCUUUUCCAGUUUAUUGGCAACCGCACUUAACAGUGCAUUACUGCCUCUUUCACUAACGGUUUGAUGUUUGUCUACUUUUGCUUAGCUAAUCCAUUUGGCGGACGCUUUUAUUCAAAGCAACAAUACAUAUUCGUCAGUGUGUUUUACUUGGAAUUGAACCGAGCAAUUCUACAUUAUUUGCCUAUAAUUUCGCCCAAUUCAAACUUCAUAAUUUCUCCAAAUUCAAACGAAGCUGAGUUAUACCUAUGCACGCCUUUUUAUUUAUUGGUAAACAGUAGUUGAGCAGCAAAUAAACAUUUACAAAUGGUGCUUUAUCAGUUGUAGGCUCCAGUAUUUCCUCCACGACAAACUUUUUAAUGUCAGGAGAUCAUUUUAAACAAUUUAAGUUUUUUCUUUAACUUCAGGCAUGUUGCGUCUAUGCACUACAGCAACUAUGCUAAAUAAAAACAAUAAAACCACAAGAAAUGAAAAUAGAUUUAUUAGAUUUUAUAAUAGUUAUUGUAUUGUUUUAACAGAGACUUUGAAAGUCUCUACUGGUAAUUAGUUAAGUUUUAUUAGUUAAAUGUUUAUGUUUUCAGCAACUAUUGGGGCUGUAAGUUACACGUGCACAAAUAUUAAACACUUACAGUAAAGAUGCUAUAAGUGAAGGUCGCCAUCUACUGUACAUAACCUGUAAGUGUCAUCAAUGCUCUCUAUUAAUCUUCUGCACAACUGGUUUACCUACAUAAGCAGAGCGGUUACCUGAUUGGCGCACGCGGCUAUCGUCUUUGUGUGCAUCACUGAUGAUUAUAGAUUAACAACGUUUAGAACCAUAGCACGAUCACCUAAAGAUUGUUUCCCUUACCAAGACCGUCGACGCUGUGAGAAGCAAAUAUGACCAUAAGAAAUGUACGGGAUCAUGGACAGCGUUAUAAACCGCGUAUGGCAUGCCUGAAGAAGGUGGAGGCUGUGGUGUUGGAGAUGCAGGACCCUAAGAGUGGAGUGAAAUCUCAAACCCAGAGGCUUGUCAUCACCACCAUCCCACAUGCCAUAACAGGAGAAGACAUUGUUGCUUGGCUUGCUAAUCGAUUCAGAAUAGACGCUCUGGAGGCCCUAGCUAUGGGUACCAUGAUGGUGGCUUUUGGGUACAUUUAUCCACUUCAGGAUCACAAAAGACUUAUCCUUAAACCAGACGCAUCUCUGUAUCGCUUUCAGACACCAUAUUUUUGGCCUGCACAGCAAUGGCCGGUUGAGGACACAGACUAUGCAAUAUAUUUGGCAAAGAGAAAUAUACGCAAGAAAGGGUUGUUGGAGUUGUAUGAACAGGAGCAGUACAACAACCUUUAUAAAUGGAUGAACCACAAGUGGGACUUUAUUGUAAUGCAGGCCAAAGAGCAGUAUAGGGCAGGAAAGGAGAGAAAGAAACCAGAUCGGGUGGUUUUUGAUUGUCAGGAACGAGCUUACUGGAUUGUGCAUCGGCCACCGCCAGGAACAGUAAGUGCCAUGGAUUAUGGACAUGACAGGAUGGUCGACCCUAAUGUGGAUGAGCAAAAUACAUCAGACUACUACAGAAGAAUCAUUAUGUUCACUCAGCAAUGUAUUAUGAGGCCAAGGGUAAAGUCAUCGGUGUCAAUUGGAGCACUUGUUAAAUUUACAACUACAUAUAAAGAACACGACCCCUUCCUCCACUCCUCCCUGCCAAGCAACCCUUGGAUAACAGAUGAUAUUACAUAUUGGACCCUCAACAUGCCAAGUGUCGAAAUCCCUACUAAAAUGAGGGUGGAGCGCUGGACAUUCAGUUUUGGAGAACUGCUUUCUGACCCUCGUGGAAGGGCUGAUUUUCGUCUCUUUCUUAAGAAGGAGUUUAGUGGUGAAAAUCUUGCCUUUUGGGAGGCAUGUGAAGAUUUAAAAUGGGGUGCUGCAGAGACAAUGAAGGAAAAAGCUCAGCAAAUUUAUAAGACAUUUUUGGCUCGUGGAGCUCCUCGUUGGAUCAACAUUGAUGGGAAAACCAUGGACAUAACUGUCAAGGGUUUGGCCCACCCUCAUCGAUAUGUACUGGAUGCUGCGCAGACUCACAUUUACAUGCUUAUGAAAAAGGACUCAUAUGGGCGAUAUCUAAAGUCCCCAGUGUUCAAGGAAACCCAGAGAAGGGCCAUUGCUCCUGAAGCACACAGAUUCAGUGAUUCCCAGUUGGAGCAGAAUGCUAAGAGGAGGCGGCCCAGUCUGAGUCCCAUCAUUCUGAGACAGCAGGAGGAGGAGCAGAAAGCUAAACUGGCAGCCAGUGGCCCAGUCGACAUCACACAGGUCAUGAGCAAACUGGAAAAGAAACAGAGAAACUGACAGGAGUUCAAAGAGUUUGGCAAUUCAAUAUAUAUUUAUGCACAAAGAUUUGAUUGCUAUUUAUUUUAAUAUCCAUUGCAAAUUCUGUCUGCAAUGUUACACUGUAAAAUAGUACAUACACAAACUGUCUUUUACUACUUUCAUUCGGAUAAGCAGACAUAAAAAAAAUUCAGAUUAUUUAGUCAUAUUAGAUGAAAUUUUAAAGAAUUAAAAAAGCUAGUAAAUUUCAGUGCUGUAUUGCAAAUUUUUUUAAACUACACAGAAACAUACAUUUACAAAGUGAACAGAUAUCUGUAGUUUUAAAGGUUUGCUCCAUAUACUGUAUAGUUUUAAUAUUCUUCCAGUAAUCUUUUGCUUCAUGCCUUUAAAAUCAUGCAAUAAACAUAUGUUGCUUUUACACUGUAAAACAUGAUUUGUUGGUUUAACUUAAACAGGAAAGUUUACAAUUUUGAGUUAAUUCAGUGUAAAAAUGUUGUGUCAACAAUGGGGCAGUUUCCCAGACAGGGCUUAUCCUAGUACCAGGCUAAAAUGCAUGUUUGAACUGCUUUAAUUUUUAAAACACUUGCACUGACAAGUUUUAACAUAUCAGUACAAUUGUUUUGUCUCAAGAUGAACACAAGCAUAGUUUUUUGUAAGGUUUUUAUACUUAAAUUUCCUAAAAUAACUAAGGCCUAGUCCUGGAUUAAUCUAAAUUCUGUCCGGGAAACCUCUCCUAUAAUUUUUAAGUUGAAUUAACUCAAAAUUUUAAGGCAACCAAGUAACUUAAUUUUUUUAAGUUGAACAAACUAUUUUUUACAGUGUACCUUUUUAGCUCAUGCCCAAUAACUUCCAACAUUCAUGUCACAUUUGUUUUGUCAAAUUUUAUAUCCAUUUUUUCCAUUAUUGAAAGCUAAACGUUACCAGAUACAUAACAUACUGUAUUGUCCUGCACUAGUUUGUUUAGUUGUGUUUCAUGUCUGUUCCAUUUAAGUUGCUGUUUCCUUGUAAAUUAUUUAUUAAAACACACAAUAAAAUCAUUGCUGCCAUCUGUGGUCACAUCAUGUGUUUUUGUGUCUUUGUCAUUUGUGUGUUUUUGAGUGAAAUAUUCAGUGAAAUGUACAGUAUAUUGGAAUCUCAUCCUGUAACUCAUUGAAUUAUGUGCAUCAGUUGCCACUUUCCAUAUCUCAAAAACAUUUUAAC